CCGAUCCUGAAGAUGGCCUCGGCAGGCGGCGCCGGCUCGUCCAUGACGGCGGCUGACCUGAACCAUCGCGCAAUGGCGCUGCGCGCCAAGGUGGAGGAGCUCGCUCAGCAGAGCAUGCACCCGCACAGCGCUGUGCUGGGCGCGAAGCUGCCCGUCUCACAAGUCAGCAAUACAGAGAUGAGUGUGUACAUCAAGUGGUCGUUGCUGCUGCAGGAGCAGCUCUCCACUGCCUCGAAGCAAGUCGCGGCGCUGCGCAACUUUCGCGCCGCGCUCGCGCACGACAACAGCCAGCUCCGAGCGUUUGCCGACAGCGCGACCCGCAGCGGUGUCACACCCAGUGCCUACUGCGCCGCCGCCGUUGCGGCGAGCGUCCCAUCCGCGGGAGCGUCCGGUUCGACGGUGCCGAGCAGCUUACAGCAGGUUCCGGAUUGCUUUGGCGCUCCGCUCGGCGCCGCACCCGCCGCGCCGCCGCCUGCCGCCGCCGCGCCGAUGCCCGCAGCUUGCCCGCCGGCCGCUGCCGUCCCGCCGCCCGCAGCGGCUGGCCCGCCGGGCGGCGCGCUGGUCAGCCCGGGCCAGCACAUCCUCGCGUCGAGUCCCGGGCUGCUGGACGACCUGCUCGCGGUGCCGACCAUCGACGACAGCCUGCUGCUGACUCCAAACCUGGAGCGGCUCGCAAACGAGCUCGAGGUGAACCCGCAGGCGGAGUGGUGCGUCGACACGCGCCUCUCGAGCUCGGAGGAGCCGAAGCCGCCCCAGCCGUGAGCGCGCGGGCCGCCCGCCAAGGAGCUCGUGCAUGCUUGCGAGGUUGUGCCGUGAGCGCGCCCGUCCCUCACAGGGAGCCGGCGCCGCUUGCCCCUCCCCUCCCUCGUUCUCGCCACUGGUCCGGCAUCGCCCGCCCCUGCCGUUCCUGCCGGUGGACCCGUCUUUUGCCAGUUCUAGGUCACGGCUCGGGCAGAGCAGACACGCAUGAUAUUUGACAUGCCUGUGCAUCUCCAGCACACACGGACACGCGCACGGGCCACCCGUUCGCCUGUACCGCACACUCCACACAUGACAAUGUCUGGCUCUCCGGUUAUACGUUACGUGUCUCAUGAUAUUUUUUAUGUUGGG